AUGUUAGCCAAUUCGUGCGCUGCAGCAGCGACUUUUGGAAUUCACACGCAGUCAAAUGCACUCGUGACGUCGAAAAUACGCGCUAGGAAAACACCAAAGUUAAUUCGAUCGCGCGUUUUAUCGAACGCGAUCGCGGGUAAACCGGUUCCGCCCGAGGAUCAACCUUCGCCGUUUUCGUUCGAAAUCGAACUCGACCAAGUCGAGUCCGUCAUGGCAAAGUUGCAAACGCCCGUCAGAAUAGCAACGUACGUCGCCGGGGUCUCUUUAGCGACCGCCACUGGGGGUGCUUUGGGUAGCGCUACUAAGAAUGCCGUCGUGAAAACCGGGACGGCUUUAGUCGCCGGCGCUGGUGCCGCAUACGGCGCCUCUCUCGUGGAUAAGAAACGUUUCACUGCGGCCCCGAAGGCGUUGUGGAACGAGUUGAACAACCGGAACCCGUUGUCGGUCGACGCCUCGGAAGUUCAAGCCGUUGGGCAAAGGUUUGGGAUUAAUAACAUUGGCACUCAAUGCCCGAGAGAAAUCUGCGGUUUGUACGACGCGUACUUGUCGUCGUUGAUUCCUAUGGGAGAUGCGCCGGUCAAAGGUUGGGAGCCGGAAGCUUUGCGACAGUUUCGCGAAACUUUAGGAUUGGAAGACUCGGAAGCUGCGCAGGCACACUUGGAAGUCGGGAGAAGAUUAUACCGCAAACGCAUAGAGUUGGGCGAUAAAGAUACCGAGCUCGAGUCGAGAGUAGAGUUUCAAAAGUUAGUCUACAUCUCGCAGAUGACUUUUGGCGAAGAGAAGGCGCGAUUUAUGUUGCCGUGGAGACGCGUUUUUCGCGUGACUGACGCGCAAGUCGCGCUCGCGCUUAAAGAUAACGCGAGUCAAUUGUUUCGCACAUUUUUAGUCGAUAAUGGAGCCGUCGCAAACGUAGAUGCGAAUGGCUUAGCAGAAGCGAAAGAGUACGCCAAUGGUGAUUUGUUGUUAUCGGACGAUAUUGCCGGUGAAAUUGUGCAAUCCGAGGCGAGAGCGCACGUGGUUGAAAUCGUCGAAUCUGCCUCUGAAAUUGCCAAGCAAAGAGGAUCAGCGCGUGAUGUCGAUACGGUUGAGAAGAAAAUUGAGAGCAUUUUAGAUUACAACGGUCGUCUUGAGGUAACUUCGAGCGCUUGCCCGGGUGUCGGCCCGGUGACUUUGUUUGGCGGCGAGUACGACGCCGAUACCAAAAUCAACGAAUUGAAAGAAUUAUUUAAGAUUUUCGUCGAGCAAAAAGUGAAAGGCGGCGAACUCUCGCAAGUGUCUUCGGCUAAACUUGGUAAACUGCGAUUAGUCUUUGGCUUAGGUAACAAGGAGGCAGAUGCCAUCACAUUAGAAGCGACAACGAAGGCAUACAGAUUGUCGUUGAGAGACGCAGUCAAGUCUGGAAAACUAGAAUCUACAGAGUCGCCAGCGAAAGUUUUGCAAUCCAUGUGCGAAGCUUUACAAUUUCCUCCAGAAGUUGCCGAAAGUAUUCACAGCGAAAACUAUCGCGCCAAGUUAGAGACGUUGUUGAAAGACAAGGUUCUCUCGGAUGAGGGCGCCGAUGAAGCCAAGAGAGUGCGAAAAUUAUUGUGCAUUCCGCAAAAAGUUGUCGAUCAGUGCGAACGAGAAGUGCAAGGAGAAAUCUUUCGCAUGGCGUGCAAAACUGCGUUGGCGGUGCCGACGGAGUCCUUCAACGACGAGUUGAGAGGGAGAGUUCGCAAAACGAGAGAAAAUGUGAGAAUUUCAGACGAGCUCGCGCUUGACGUCUUAGGCCAAGAAGCGAAGAGAGCGUUCAUGGGAUACAUAAAGGAUUCCAAAAUCAAAUCGAACAAAGUGGACCAAAUGAAAGAAAUCAGAAGAAUGGUAUACUUCAACGAGGGUGUCAUCACGCCGUUGGUUAACGACGUGACCAAGGGGAAAGCGGAAGCUGCCGCGGAAGAGUUGGCGAAACUCAUGAAGGAGGCUCAAGAAGCUGCCGCGAAGGAGGAAGCCGAAGAGAAGGCCAAGGCUGAAGCGGAGGCUAAGGCCAAAGCCGAGGCCGAAGCUGCUGAGAAAGCUGCUGCUGAGCCGGAAGAUAUUGCGGCGAGGUUCCGCGCGCAGCGAGCUGCUGCCCAGUCUUCUUCCGAUUCUGAAUCGACUCCGGAAGCUCCCAAAGAAGAAGAAAAACCAAAAGAAGAGGAAAAAUUCGAAGCCAAGAUCGAGAAACCGCCCACACAAAAAGAAAUCACGCUCGAGAAGGAGUUGGAUGACGUCACUAGAAAAGCCAUGUACAAAGAUUACCUCAUGUUUUGCAUGCAAGGCGAUCAAGUGAGCGCGCCGAUGGGCGUGCGCAUCACGAUUGAGCGCGACCAGUCCGAGUUUACUCGUUUACAACAGUUGGGCGAAAUCUUAGGAUUGAACAUGAUGGAGAUUGGUGAAGUGCACAAAGGCUUGUCCGAUAAGGCGUUCAGAGCGCAAGCUGAACAGAUGUUAAGCGAUAACCAAGGUUUGACCGCGGCACGCGCUGAGAAGCUCAAGGAGGUCCAAAAGCAACUCAAUAUGCCGGACGAAGAAGCUCAAAAAAUUAUCAAAGGUAUUACUGCAAAUAGAAUGAUGUCUGGUUUGUCCACACAAAUCAAUAGCGGCUCAUUAUCCGCGAAGGAUAUUCGAAAGAUGGCGGAAGAUGGCGUUGAACUCGCGAAGCAAAUUCCGUUGACGAGACGAGUCGAUCUCUUCAAGAAGAACGUCGAGCGCAAGCUGACUUCCGGUGAAGGCAUGGGUGAGAUCGAGGAAAUUUCCAAGACUCUCGUCCAAGAUUUAGGUCUCGAGCAAGAGACGGCGGAUAAAGAACUCGUCAAAAUCGCGAACGAAAAGAAGAAAUCUCAAAUGGUUCAAGCAGUUGCCGUGUUGAGACAGAAAGAUGCACAAAACGUGAUGAAGAGUUGCAGAAACUUGGUCGCCGCACAAGCGUUGGCGCCGGAUUCGCAAAACUUGAACUGGCCGGUUGAGAGCGAGCUCUUCGACGUGUACUCAGUCUAUGCAAGCGAAGUCAAGGAUCCGACCGAACUGAAGGCAUUGAGAACAGUGUUGGGCUUAAGCGAUGAAAAGGGUGAAAUGUUAGAAAAAGUUGUCGCGGAGGGCGGAUUUAAGCUCGAAGCCGACGCAUCUAGUGAAGCUUUAUUUUAA